AUGGCGCCAUCGACUUUUUUUGAAUCUGAAGGCCAGGGCGAGCCGCAGCGCGUCCAAGUGACGGCGGCGGCGCGCGGCGAGGCGGCAGCGGCCCAGCAGCGCCUGCGCCGGCCCGCACGCGCCGCGCGCGCUCUCCGCCAGCCGCGCGCCCAUAGGCCCCUCCGCUAUCACGGUCUCGGUGGCCUACCUCCUCUGCGAAUCGCACGGUGCCUUACUCACAGAUGGACGGAAUCAAAU